ACUGCCGGUGAUAUCAAAGUACCAGCUGAUCUUUGGCUCUAGCUGCUAUUCUGCUGUGUUCAAAGUGGACGACGGUGUGUGAUGCUGAAUGCUGAUGACCGUGAUUUUCGAGACGAUAUAACGAUUUCAAGAAAUUCGACUAGAAAAAAUAUAUAAUACAUUAUGAAUAGCCUAAUUCAUACGAAGACGAUGAUAACCGGCCGUCCCGGUGGAGUUAUUCGACGAUACUCCCCAUUUAAAUUAUGGUACAAUACCAAUCAUGCAAUGGGUAGUGUAGCUCUAAUUUAUACAGAUUUGAGGGAUCCAAAAAGAUUAUUGCUGGAAUCCACAGUGUCACCAUAUGCAUAUAUUAAUAAUGUAACGCAUCUACAUAUUCGCACAUUUUAUAUAACUUCUAAUUGGAAGGGGCAAGACUCAUCAUCUAAGGUUGAAGAGACAGUGAAAAAUAUUAAAGAAGAAAAAGAACUUAAAGAUAAAUUAGCAGAAAGUGCCGCAAAAAUAAGUUACGAGCAGCCAAAAAAAGCUGUUGCUAAAGUUACAAUGUGGCAAAAAGUUAAGGGAGAAAUAUUACAUUAUUAUCAUGGAUUUCGGUUAUUAGGACUAGACAUGAAGGUUUCGGCAAAGUUAAUCUGGCGAAUUUUACAUGGAAAAGAACUCACUAGAAGGGAGCAUCGUUUGUUGAUAAAAACAACCGGAGAUAUGUUCAGAUUGAUUCCUUUCUCCGUUUUUAUUAUUGUUCCAUUUAUGGAAUUUUUACUGCCAGUAGCAAUUAAAUUGUUCCCUGGUAUGUUACCCUCUACUUUUCAAACAGCAACUGAAAAGGAAGAUAAGCUUAAACAGGCUUUAAAGGUCAAGAUAGAAAUGGCAAAAUUUUUGCAAAAAACAUUGGAUGAAAUGGCAGUGCAAUCAUCAGAUCACAGAUCUGAGAAAGCUAAAGAAUUUGCAGAAUUCUUUUAUAAAGUGCGAACAUCCGGUGCUGUUGCGACUAACGAAGAAAUUAUGAAGUUUAGUAAACUUUUCGAGGACGAAAUUACACUGGAUUCUCUAUCACGACCACAAUUAAUUGCUUUAUGUCGUGUGUUAGAUGUGCAAACACUUGGAACUACCAAUUUCUUACGAUUCUUACUCAGAAUGAGAUUAAGAAGUCUUACUGCAGAUGAUAAGCUAAUUGAAAAAGAAGGGGUUGAUAGUUUAACUAGAACUGAAUUGCAACAAGCAUGCAGAGCACGUGGUAUGCGUGCUUAUGGCUUGCCAGAGAGUAGGUUGAGGGAACAAUUAUCAUUGUGGUUAGAUUUGAGUUUAAAUAAAAAGGUUUCACCCUCCUUACUGCUGUUAUCGCGAGCUCUCAUGAUACCAGAAACAAUACCUAUGUCAGACAAGCUAAAAGCAACUAUUUCGGCCUUACCUGAUACGGUUGUAGCUCGUACAAAGGGUGCUAUUGGUGAGAAAGAAGGUAAAGUGGAUCAUAAAACAAAUAUUGAAAUUAUAAAAAUGGAAGAACGCAAGAUUGAAGAAGAAAGAAAGGAACAGAAAGAAACUGAACCACAGCCUACUGUCUUGGAAUCUAAUGUAAAAGAAGGUGAAAUUACUACUACAGAUGUCAAAGUUUUAGAACAAGCUUUGGAUUCAAUUGGCAAGGACAAUAAAAAUAUGGCUGUAGAAAAAGAAGAAAUUAAAGAACUUAAAGAAGAAAUGGCAGAAUAUCAAGAAGAUAUUAAGGAAUUGUAUCAAAUUAAGGCAGAGGCGAAAGGUCAAGAAGAUAUAGAGAAUAUUAAAAUAUCAAAAGGUGCUAAACGGCUAUUUAAUAAAGUAAACAAAAUGAUCUCGAAAAUGGAUGCCGUUUUGUCGGAGCUUGAACAAUCUGAGAAAAAAGUUAAACAAAGAAUGAAGUCAUUGGGUCCUGAUGAAAAACGGGAUGCCAAAGAUGUUGAAGAAUUAGUUAAAAUAGACGAAUUAGUUGCAGCUAUUAAGCAAAUUCAAAAUGUACCCGAUAAAUAUCGAUUAAAACGCAUAGCAGAAAUUUUAGAAAAAAUUGAUGACGAUCAAGAUGGUGCAAUUAAAAUAGAAGAUGUCUUGAAGGUCAUAGAAUUAAUAGGAAAGGAAGAUGUUAAAUUAAGCAAGGAGCAAGUGGGUGAAUUGAUAGAGCUAAUGGAUAAAGAAGAAGUAUUAGAAGUAGAAGAACAAAUGCAAAAAUCUUUAGAAAAGGAUAUGAAGGCAUCUCAGGAGCAGGAUAACAUAAAAGCUACACAUAAAUCUACAGUUCCAGCUACACCAGUAACAGUUGAACCAGGAUUUGGGAAGGAGGAACUGGCAGAUGAUACUGUGAGAGAAACCAGCAAAUCCUAUACAGGUCCGUGUAUCGAGGAAGGCAAACAGAAAUCUGCUGCUGUUCUAAAAAGUAAUACUAAAUCUGAUGAGGUGAAAAAUCCUCCGCUUCCAUCAGGUCCAUCGACAGCAAAAAAAGCGGAAGGUUCAAAACAACUGUGAUCAGCGCACAAUGAAGUAUGAAUUAGUAUAUAUAUUUAUAUUAAAGCAAUAUUUUUAUUGAAUGUAAAGCUCGGUAUAGAUUUUCGUCUGCGUGUAUCCCGCACAUAUUUUCAUUUUUGCGUACGAAAAUAUUUCCGACAUUAUUUUUGACAAAUAGAACGUAUUUAAUGAAAUAGAAACAUUUUAUACAAGAAAAAGAUGAUUUCAUAUAAUUCAAUAUAAUUAAUUGUUAUUAUCUUAUUAAUAUGUUGUACAUAAGAUAUGUAUAUGUGGUUAUACGUAACACAUUUGCUGUACGAAAUAUUUGACUAAUAUUUAAUUAUCCUUAAUUUCUUAUUUCACUAUAUGCAGACACAAAAACCUAAAAUUUCUUAUUAAAGACUGUGAUGCAUUUAACAGCAUCAUUCAUAUUGUUCCCCUUAAUCUGCAGUGAUAAACUUAUAUUGAUAAUAAAUAUAUUGUUAAAUGUUUAUUCUGAAAUUCAUUGUCAAUGUUACUUGCUUUAAUCACAUAUAUAUAAGUUAUUAUAUUAAUAUAUAUUUUUGACAUUGACAAUAAAUUACACAAUAGAGAAAUGAGAAAAAAAUUGAUUUAUAAUUGCAGUGCAGUUUAAUUUCAGUAUAAGCCAAGGCAAUAAUCAUUCCAUCUGUCUGAAUUGGAUGGUAUAUAUCAUUUAUGAGUGAAUAUAUAUAUUGUAAUUCAGAACAGCAGCUUUAUGCUCCACAUAGAUUAUCUUGUAAUUUUAAUAUUGAAUUGUAAAGCAAGAUAAAUGUGUAUAAUUUACAAUUUAUCAUCUACAAAACUCACAGUCUACCGAAAUCUGUUUAUGCCACAUUUAUAUUCUAUUGUUACAAAAAGGAACAAUGUAAAAAUAGAUUGUACUACAUAGAGAAUUAAAUUUACAGAAUUUUGUCAAAAAGAUAUUUCUAUAUGACAAAAUGUAAUAUCGAUUUUGGGGCACUAUAUGUACAUAUAAGAAAAUAGGAAAUAUUGAUUGUAUAUUUGCAUUAUACAUUUGCAUCUAUAAUAUAUACAUGUGAACUGGGCGUAUCAUAUCUAAGAUGUAUUAUAAAGAUAUGAAUUCAGCAAGAACA